CAGAGCCGCGCGGGCCGGGGCCGCUAUGGAAACCCCACCCUAGGGCAGAGCGCGGCGCCUUUUGGGUGCCGGCACUGCCCGGGCCGUGCUGGGAGCGGAGGAGGAGCGGGAGGAAGAGGCGGGACAGAGAAAGAGGAAAAGGAAGAAGACGAGCAGGAACUGGAGAAAGAGACGGGCAAGGAAGAGCAGCAGCAUCAGCAACACCACGCGGUUCCCCCGCUCAGGCCGCAGCUCCCCCGGCUCCUGCUGCAUCGCCCUCCUCGCCUCCAGAACCCGCAGCAGGAUUUCCCGUUCCUAAACCUUGGCCGGAUGGAGGAAGAGGAGGCUGCGAGGAAGAGGAAGAUGUCCCGGGAGCCCCAGGCAGACCAGGAGCUGAGGAUGGAGACCAGGGAGGAUGAGUCACCACAGCAGAACCUUGUGGAUGAGGCCAUUUUGAGCAGCUCCACAGCACAGGAAUCUAACGGGGAAGAAAAGCCCCGGAGAUCCCUCACGAGGAGGGGCUGCAAACGCAGAUCACGGGGAUCUGAGGAGGAAAGACCCACCCUGGGCCGGGGAGGCGGCCAGAGUUCGGAGGUGGGGGUCCAUGAGCAGCUUCAGGAUGGGGAGAAGCCCUACAAGUGCUCAGAAUGUGGGAAGAGCUUCAGCCAGAGAUCCUCCCUGAUCCGCCAUUGGAGAAUCCACACUGGGGAACGGCCCUAUGAGUGUGGGCAGUGUGGGAAGAGCUGCAGAGAUAACUUUGACCUGAUCAACCACCAGAGGAGCCACACGGGAGAACGGCCGUAUGAGUGUGGGGAAUGUGGGAAGAGCUUUCAGAGAAGCUCCACUCUUCUGAAGCAUCAGCGGACACACACAGAUGAGAGGCCCUAUGAGUGUCCCAAAUGUGGGAAGAGGUUUCAGACAAGCUCCCAUCUGCUCACACACGAGCGGAUUCACACAGAUGAGAGGCCCUUCCGCUGCCCCGACUGCCUGAAGGGCUUCAAAUAUAACCCCGACCUCAUCAAGCACCGGCGCAUCCACACCGGGGAGAGGCCCUACGCGUGUCCCGAGUGUGGGAAGAGAUUCACCCAGAAGUCGAACCUGAUUGUCCACAAGAGGAUCCACACCGGCGAGAAGCCCUAUGAGUGUGGGCUGUGUGGGAAGAGAUUCAGCCAGAGCUCUGAACUGAUGCUUCACCAGAGGAUCCACACUGGGGAACGGCCUUACGAGUGUCCCGACUGUGGGAAGACCUACAGCCGGAGCGAUCACCUGAUGAUCCACCAGAGGAGCCACACUGGGGAGCGGCCCUACGAGUGUGGGGAGUGUGGGAAGAGGUUUCAAAGCAGCUCGGAUGUCCUCGUACAUCAGCGCAUUCAUACAGAUGAGAGACCCUUCCGCUGCCCUGACUGUGGGAAGGGCUUCAAGCACAACUCCACCCUGGUCACCCACCAGCGCAUCCACACUGGGGAGAGGCCCUACAAAUGUCCCCAGUGUGGGAAGACCUUCAGCCAGAGGUCAGCCUUGACCCAACACGAAUGGAGGCACCACUCGGAAAGCCCUGUGAGUGCCCCAAGUGUGCCCCAAGUGUGCACUGCUACAGUUCCCCAAGUGUGCACUGCUACAGUUCCCCAAGUGUGCACUGUUACAGUUCCGUACCCCAUGGCAGUGUUUGUGCUGCAUGCUGUCCAGUGGGCAGAGCCCCAGUGAUCUGCGGUGCUGGUAAGCUGUGUUGGGAAGACACCUCGCUGGGGGCUCCACCUCUUAAUGGCUCCAUGUGGCCUUGAUUAUCUUUUAAUUUCUCUCUGUCCUUUCAAAACACCCCAAACCAGGAUAAAAAUAAAAACAUUGAACUAAGACAAGGAUGAGGACAUGUGGGGAUCUUCCAGGGGAUAUGGGGGCUGCUAUGUUCCAGGGAGUUGAGGGUUCCUGGGUGGGACUUGGGGGCUGCUCUGGGCUUUGGGCACCCCAGGCUGAGUGACUCUGGCUGCACUGGGAGAGCAUGGCAGAGUUUCUUGGGUAGCUGAUCAAGGACCCCCUGUCCUGGAACUGUCCCCAUGACUCCCUGUCCUGGUUCCCCACAUCACCUGUCCACAAUCCCCCUCUCCCUGCUGUCACUCCCCUUGCUCCCCACCCGUUCCCAUGUCACUGCACUUCUUGUCCCGUCCAGCUACCAUCCCAGUCUGGAUCCCAUUCCCAGUCUCAUUCCCCGUCCCGGUCCACUAUUUGUCUGGUUGCCGUUCCUAUAUUUCCAGGCCUACAUUCCCGGUCCCACUGCCGAUUGUGCGUCCGUUCCCAUAUUUCCCUUUCUAUGUUCCCAGUCCCAUUCCUGUAUUCCCGUUUGCGAUCCUGGUCUCAUCUUCCUAAUCCCCAUCUCAUAUUCUCUCUCCAGUUGCGGUUUCCAUAUUCCCUGUCCUGGUCCCAUAUUCCCAUUCCCGCUCCCUGUCCCCUCUCAUCGGACGACGCCGCCAUUGCUCCGACCCUCACGUGACCGAGGAAACCCCGCGCUGCUCCCGCCCACCAAUCCCAGUGCGCGAUCUCUCCUGUAUUUGCGUAACCACGCCCUUCGGUUUGGCCCCUCCCACCGCCGGCUGCAGCCGCCUCCGGGCGCUGUUUGCUCCCAGUUCCCUCCCAGUGCUCCCAGUAAGAGCGGGACUGGCAGGGAAAGCGCUCCCAAUUCCUUCCCGCGGCUCUCAGGAUUCCACCCAGUGUUCCCAGUAUCA